CUUUAAUGCCAUUGGCUUGUUGAUUCGAGUGUGAUGUUUCAUCCUCCUCCGAACCCAUCCAUUCCCAAGUCAACCCGGAACUUCUUCAGUCUCACCGAGGUUUGUAAAAGAAAGCUUCAUUCUCCAUGGAGGUCAUCAAAGUACCAAAGGUAGAACAUGUUCGUCUCGCUAAACUUUCGCACCAGUUCGGGUCACCAUCCCCCUCUUCCAGCGCUACCCAAGACUCUAACGACCCACCUGGUCUCACCGGCUCACUCCUGAUCACACCUCAUCAUUUGAUUUGGAGUCAUAGCCUCAAUUCGGGUCCUGAUGAAACUCCGAGCAACCAACUGAAUGCUGAAUCGAGCAAAUCGUGUGGCACCAGUCCUGGAAGUCCCGGUAAAGCUGAAGAUGUUUGGAUUGCCCACAGUUUACUCACAGCGGUUGAACAUCUGCCACGCCAUCGAGAACCGACUCUCCUGAUUCGACUGGCCACUUUUGUUUUCUAUACUCUCUCGUUUUCAUCUCCAAAUGAAUUGGAUGACGUCUGGGAUUCCCUCAAAGCCUUAACCUCAAACCGAAAACCUGGCGAAAAGGAGCAAUUAUUUGCAUUCGUGCAAGGCGCUACCUCCAAGUCAAACCCAUCCUCAACAGACCCCUCAUCCACCUUACCAGGAUGGGAUUCUUAUGACCCUCAUGCCGAAUUCACCCGGAUGAAAGUGAUUGGCGAAUCUUCCAAAAAAUCUGAGAAUAACCCCUGGCGAUUAACGACAAUUAACAAGAAUUUCAACUUUUGCUCAACAUAUCCGUCUGUGUUGUUGACCCCAUCGAAAAUCAGUGACACUACCCUCACCUACGCCGUCAAAUAUCGCAGUAAGGGAAGGCUUCCCAUCGGAACCUAUGUACAUUGGGCCAAUGGUUCCUCAAUCACUCGCUCUAGCCAACCGAUGGUCGGAUUUAAAAACGCUCGUUCCAUACAAGAUGAAAAACUGAUCGAGGCAAUUUUUCACUCGCACUCACUUCACACGGGUCCAGUGGCCGUAGGCGAUCAACCGUCGCAGCAAGUUGUUUAUGGGGCCACCUCUUCUAAUCUGAUCAUCGAUGCCCGGCCAACGACCAACGCCAUGGCGAAUACGGUUAAAGGAGCAGGCACCGAAAACAUGGAGUACUAUAAAGGAUGUCGCAAAGCCUACCUAGGGAUCGAUAACAUUCAUGUGAUGCGCGACUCCCUGGGCAAAGUUGUAUCAGCCAUUCAUGAAUCAUUCGUGACCGGAACUCCUGUAUCAUUGGACUCACUGAAGCGAAGCGGAUGGCUAAAACAUAUCGGAGCGAUUCUUGAAGGCACUAGUCUCAUCACACGGACAGUCCAUGUGUACAAUUCACAUGUGCUCAUUCAUUGCUCUGAUGGAUGGGAUCGGACAUCGCAGCUAUCAGCUCUUUCGCAAGUUUGUUUAGAUCCUUACUACCGAACCUUCCAAGGCUUUGCAGUCCUGGUGGAAAAGGAUUGGCUCAGCUUUGGCCACAAGUUUUCUGAUCGAAGUGGGAUCGUCAUUUCCGGGCGUGAAAGAGUUAGUUUUGGAGACUCGCCCAAUCAUUCGAACUACUCCUCAAAUAUCGCACGAGAUGAUCCCGACGAAAGCAUUUCAGGGAGCGGUGCCUGGGUAACUUCAAUACAGAAACAACUGAACUUCGGUCACUCGGUUGGCUAUUCACAUGCAUACAAAGAAACCUCACCCGUCUUCCAUCAAUUUCUCGACUGUGUUUAUCAACUCCAAUGUCAAUAUCCAAAACGAUUUGAGUUUAACUCGUGUUAUCUCGAACGACUCCAUGAAGAGCUUCACGCUGGAAAUUAUGGGACGUUCCUAUUUGAUUGUGAAAAGGAGAGGAUCGAGGCUAAAGCUUCAAGUCUGACACGUUCGGUAUGGGAAUUAUUCCUCCCCCCAAAUGACAUUUCAAAGUACAAAAACCCACAAUACGAUCCAUCGUUAGACGACCCAAGCAACAGAUUGAAUACAGAUCAAGGCGUUCUUUAUCCCGAGGUGAAAGAUGUGAUAUUCUGGUGGGAGAUCUUUGGAUGUCCGAACGAAGAAAUGAAUCCUCCCAAAGUUCCAGAUCCUAGUCCAAAUCUAGAUUUUACCCAUGUCGAGCCCGUGUCCUCACAGACGGAUGAAAUCACGGAAUGUUCCGAAACUCUGGAAAACUUGACGUUUGAAACCGUUGCAAGUCCGCCUCCUGGUCCCCUUCGAGCAUCCAAUGGUCCACAGGAUCCAUCAACACCAAAAACCUUACCCAGUAACUUGAAAACGCGUUCUUUCGUCUCGAGUUCUAGUAUUAAUGAUGCUGCAACAAGCACCACAAGUUCACAGCUAUCAAGCAGUUACUCUGAAACACAGUUUUCGACCAGUCCGAAUCCUGCCGCCGAUCAAUUCCAAAACGCCUUUCAACAAGCCAAGAUCAUGGGAUGGAGUACAUGGGACCGCUUAAAGAAGGGCUACGAGGAAGUUGCAAGGGGCUCGGGGCCCGCCACUUCGCCACGUGUCUACCACCACCAAUCCCCUUCCAGAUCGCCGGCUCCUAGCACGAGCACCAACAAUCGACGCUCGCUCUCGCCUCAGCAUCAACAAUAUCCGCUCAAUCCGGAUCUGAAUCCCUGGUCUGCGCCCGACCCUCGUCCGUCAUCCUCGCCCCUCAAUUCUUCUCCUACCCCUGCUCGACCAGCAAGUCACGAACAUAGUCACGGCGCCCUCUCCUUGCCCAUCAAUGACCCUUGGCAAACUUCAUCGGAAGAUGAGCCCCGGUCGAUCUUAUCGACCCUUGAGCCUCGCGCCCACAGUCCCCGACAUCUCCCCCCGAUCUCUCACGAUGAUAUUGAUACGCUGUUGAGCUCAACUAAUCCUGCCAAAGAUCCCAACACUCAGAAGGCCCCGUUGAGCUUCAAAAGCGGCUCUUCCCUUUCGCAACAGGAGACUAGUUGUAGGGCCCAACAAGCUGAUAUCGACCCUUUGGGCGUCGGCUUUACUUGACUUGCCUUCUCUUAUCUUAACCCCCCUGUGUGGAUUUUGGAUAUCUCGUGUUCACUGUUCAAUCUUCAGUUUUAUGGGUGUAUUCAUGGUUGUCCGAUUUGUACCUAUCUCCGCCCUCCAUCCCCAAUAGUCUUACUUUUUUUUUUGAAACAUUUGCAUUGGCUUUACAUAUUUUAUCUUAUGGUUCUGAUUAUUCAAUUGAACAUUGCCCUUUUCUCUCUCUCCCUCUCUUACUCCUUUUUUUACUGUUCCAUCAUUUUUUGUAGUUGUGUGUUGAAUUUGUACCUUUAAUUAUUUCUUCACAAAAAAAAGUAAAUAAGAUAUAACUUGAGAACUACAUACUACCACACUUGUUAUCUACAUUAAAUUAUCGGGUAUCAUUCUCAUCCAAUUAAUUCAUUUACUGUUUCCUUGGGAACAUCAGGUCUACACAGCAAAUCUCGAAUGAUUAUCAGUUAGAAUGGUG